GUAGAGCAGCUUUGUCCCACCGAGGCAGGAGGGACGUGCGAGUGGAAGCGAUAGUGCUAGGAGUGGGCUAUCGUCUGCCGUUUUGCCGCUGUGAAAUUUGACUUCGGUCGAGGGCGGAAGAAGGCGCGGGCGUAUCAUCAAUCAACAAUGGCGCGCAGGGCGUUGCUUAUCGGCGCUAGCUAUGGCGACAACAGCAAUCUGCCUACUCUGCAUGGAGCGRUCAAUGAUGUCGUGCAGGCGAAGAUAGCGCUCACGACGGUGUAUGGAUUUGCAGAGGCUGACGUGUGCGUGCUGKCCGAUGSRGAAGUGGAUGCGAGCUGCGCUAAGGCUUGCACAAMGCCGCCYACGAAAGCUUGCAUCCUGGCGGCGCUUGAUUGGUUGGUGAARGGUGCGUGUGCAGGYGAUGUGCUGUUCUUCCACUUUUCUGGAUAUGGUACGCGUGUUCCCUCGGCAUYGUCGUGCGACUYGCUCGAYGAGGCUCUCCUUCCAUCUGAUGCUACGGUGUCGGAUGUGUGCGGUUUCGGAAACGUUGUCGACCAUAGUGUGUUCAGCGCCAAAUUCGCCUGCAUUCCCAAGGGNCUUCCAUCUGAUGCUACGGUGUCGGAUGUGUGCGGUUUCGGAAACGUUGUCGACCAUAGUGUGUUCAGCGCCAAAUUCGCCUGCAUUCCCAAGGGUGUGACGGUCGUUCAGGUGUUCGACACAGCCUUCAAAGCUGCCGGGAAGUGCGCCCUCGCCGUGAAGCCGUUCAAUAUCGGUCUCAAGUUCAAGAACGAGUAUGCGUCCCUGUCCACCGAGCAGCGCAAGUGCCACUACAAGACGCUUUAUGUGCAGGGUGGCAUGGAAGCAGUGACGACGGCGGCAGCCAUAGCUGGUGAUGCCUGCUACAUUGAUGUUCUUGCCGCGGCCGUGGGGGAGCAUGUCCGCUGCUCCCCCGUGUGCUCCCCCGUGUGGAGUGCUUGCUGCCCGCCUCUCUCUUCCUACUCCACCCUCUCUGCUUCCCUAAAAUGCGAGCUCUUGCAAUCUGUUGUCUGUGCUGCCGGGUCUCGCGGGCACGAGAUCGCGGUUCGCCUGGCGGACUGUACAUCGCUCCUUGGGGACUCCGAGAAGAAGACCUUGUACGCCGAACUGGUGAAGCUCGGCGGAGUGUCUGCGCUUGCCGCCGGCGCACGGCUCGCUGCUGACGUUGCCGUGCUCAGGACUGUAGUGGCGGCCGGAGAGCGUGUCCGUCUCGUCCGAGGCGAGCCGCCGGUGGAGUUUUGUGCGCGAAGGGAGGCCAGGAGACAGAGGGAGAAGCAAUUGCUCAAGGAGGUCAUUGUGAUUGCUGGCUGUGCGGGUUACGAGUUAUCUGUCAAACUGAUGCAAGAGGGGUUGACGGUGGCGUGCCGGAAAGAGAUUUAUUCUAAGCUGUUCGCCGAGGGAGGCGUUGAGGCUGUCACCAUAGCUGCCCUCGUCUCCGAGGACGAGGUUAUGAAGGGCGAGUUGGAGAAGGCAGCCGUGGAGCAAGCAGCGUUUGUCCAAUGUCCGACUGCCAUCAUGUGUCUUCCGUCAGCCUGCUGUCCGUUGCCUGUGCCUCCCACUGGGUGGGAAUGUGACUACCUGCUGAGUGCGGAGGAAAGGCGAGUUGUCAGUGCUCUGUACUACCUUGCUCGAGAGGAUUGCGCGGUGCGCUCGCUUGCGACGAAGCUGGCACUAGAGAAGAAGGUUCUGUCUGCGGAGGCCCGGAAAAGCCUCAUUGCACAAAUCAUCUCCAAAACCGGUUGCGAGGGACUCGAUCUUGUACAAAGCCUCUGCUGCUAGGUGAAGGCUGUCGCCUUCCUGAUGGUACCGAUAACUACCUCGUUACAAGGAAAGCAAAGCCUUAAUGUUCGGAUGAGAGAGAGAGAGAGAGAGUCACUUACAGUUAUUUUAUUUGUCGUUUUCGUGUUCACGCUGUCCCGGUCUUUAUUGAACAAAGUUGGCUCCAUGUACCAGCUUUCGUCAUUAUGGCAGUUAGCGAUUGCCAGAGUGGAGUGUGUGUUUCAGGAAACGAGUUGUGGUCAUUAUGAUGAAGGCGUUUUGAUGUAUUUCAGAGCGGAAAGGUUGCCUUGGGACAGACAUUGUUAAGUUUGUCUUCGUGGGGAGGGAAGGAAGAUUCGCUGUAGAAAUGAAGACUUCUACACAUGUUUCCAAUUAUGAAUCGUGAUGACUGUCAUUCGGCUGUCUUAAUCGGCUCUCUUUGUAUUUUCAGAUGAGGUACCUAUGGCCGUGAACGGGUUGGAUUUGCAG